GUUAUAAGGAAUAAAGUAUUGUUUUACUUGUUUCCAGUUAGAAUCUAGUUAGACAAAGUUGGAAUACAAAAACAUAUUUACAUAUUAUUGCAAGAAAUAAUAAUAAAAUGGGAAUGUGUUAACAUUUGUAAAUGCCAACAUUACACACUCAGCAUGCCGACCUUCUUAACACCAGGCCGGCACGGCUAUAGUGUCCGUUUCUCAAGAACAAGACCUGAUGCUUUAGCUGUAGCAACUAGUCAGUACUAUGGAUUGGCUGGUGGAGGGACAUUAUUUUUCCUCGAGAUUGCACCAGAUGGUUCUACAAUAGUUGAAGUACAAAAACUAGAGUGGACUGAUGGAUUAUUUGAUGUAACGUGGUCAGGUACGUCAGACGGUGUCGCGGCUUGCGGUUCAGGCGAUGGCACGAUUAUCGUGUGGCGCGUGGGUUGUGCCGCACCCCUCCGAGUUUUGCGCGCGCAUCACAGUGAAGUCUGUUCUGUUGAUUGGAUGCGAACGCAUUUGCUAAGCGCCAGUUGGGAUACUACGGUCAAAUUGUGGGACCCCGAAUCGGAAACAUGUCUCAACACAUUCGCGGGUCAUUCCCAACUGGUUUACACGGCAGCUUUCUCCCCUCAUUCGCCAGCGACUUUUGCGUCGGUGUCAGGUGAUGGUCACCUCAAAUUGUGGUCAUGUACGGAAUCAUCGCGGCCUGCGGCGGUUGUUAAAGCUCAUGAUGCAGAGGUGUUAUCCUGUGACUGGAGUAAGUCGGAAAGCCACGUGGUAGCAACGGCUGGUUCCGACGGUCUCAUUCGUGGCUGGGACCUUCGGAGACUGACUGCGCCUAUGUUCACUCUUAAAGGCUGUGAAUGUGCUGUAAGGAGGGUUCAGUUUUCGUCGCAUGCGCCUUCGAUAGUAGCGGCUGUGUCAUACGAUUUUACUACAAGAAUAUGGGACUUAAAACGCGGCUGUGAUCCAUUAGAAACGAUAAGACACCAUUCGGAAUUCACGUACGGCCUCGACUGGAAUACGUUGAGGCCGCACCAGCUCGCCGAUUGUGGGUGGGACUCUUUGGUUCACGUCUUCACGCCGAGAUCGCUCGUCUGAAGAGCCUUAAGAUUUGUAUCUGGCUAUUGUGAAUAUAGGCUGUGGUUAAAUGUGAAUGACAGUGACAUAAUCGCUAUUGAUAACUGUCAGAUAUUAGUGCAUCGUAAAAUCCUUGAUCGGGCAUACUAUUGUGUAAACGUGUUCAUGGUUCUUAAAGAAAAUUUGUGGUUUUAGCUUAGUAAUGAUUUUGCAUCCGAUUUUGAUAUUUGUACGUAACUUUGUUCCAUAUAAAAUGCCUAUUCCAGCCAUUUAGAUUAGAGAUUGCAGUGCUAAUUAAUUUUUUAUGUUGACAACACUGUUACGAACAUUAUAAGUUCGGCGUAUUGAUACUUAAUGUUAAAACCAUAUUAAUAGUAUCUAAUAACUAAUUAUUGACUAAUCGAUUUUGAUUUUAAAGAGUGACACGGCUGUCAUUCACUAAAAACAUGAUUAUAUACAAUUGUUUUUAGAGAAAUUCCAAAAUGUCAGAUGUGUGACAAUGAUUGUGUUGAUGUGACAAUUGACAUGAGCUGUCAUUUUAGAUUAUUCCAGGCAAAGAUAUUGUAAAUAUUUUACUUAAUUUUAUUAUCGAAUGUUACAUGUCAAAAUGUUUUUUUUUUAAUUCCUUACAAGAAGUGUGAUAGUUUUAGAAAAUGGUUAUUUGUUUAGACUACAGUAUUACUCUCUAAUAAAAUAUAUUCGUUAUUUAAUAUUCAAGAAAGUACAAUUUCCUUUAUAAGGAAAAUAUUUCCUUCAAGAGCUUACCAAUUCCUAAAAAGCCAGCAACGCACUUGCCAUCGCUCUGGGAUUAAACGUGUCUUUGGACAGUUAAAAAAAAUAGGCGCGAAAAAUAAUCGGAAAACUCCGUCACGAUUAAUAUUUUUUUCUGAUUAUAUUUUCAAGAUAUUGCUUGUUUGUUUGUUAAACGCAGGAAUUGUAUAUACUCGUAUUGUUAUGUAUAUAAUGUGAAUAAUUUAAACAUAAGGCAUAAAUGUACUGUAUAUUGUGUUAAGAAAUAUAUUGUUUUGUUAAUUCUCCAAAUAUUAAAUGAAAAUAUUAUUCGA